AUUCUCUGCAACGAUGCUACCCAACUGGGACGAUACAGGAGAUAUCCCGGUGGAGACACUCGCACGAUUCGAGAAGGACGUGAAGCGAACCGACACAUGGUUCCUAGCAAUAGCAACAGAGGCGGAGAACGACAGGGAGAGAACCUCAGAACCUCCAGGAAAGAUCAAGGAAUUAUUGAAGGAGUUCCAAGAUAUUCUUCUGGACGAUCUUCCGAAUGAGCUACUGCCAUACCGAACGCAUCAACACGAGAUCGUGGAGGAACCGGGUUCGAAGCCGACCUUCCGAGCACCAUAUCGGCUCAGCCCUACGGAGCUGACCGACAUGAAAAAACAAAUCGAGUAUCUCCUAGCCAAAGGACUCAUCCGGCCAUCCACUUCGCCGUACGGUGCCCCAGUACUCUUCACACCGAAACCGGACGGAAGCCUGCGCAUGUGCAUCGACUACCGAGCUCUUAACAAGCAGACCAUCAAGAAUAAAUAUCCGAUACCACGAAUCGAUGACCUGCUUGACCAGCUUCGGGGAGCUACGGUAUUUUCCAAACUAGAUCUGCGGUCCGGAUACUGGCAGAUACGCAUGGCGGACAACUCUAUCCACAAAACUGCUUUCCGAACUCGGUACGGAUCGUACGAGUAUUUGGUAAUGCCAUUCGGACUCACCAACGCACCGGCAACGUUCCAAGCCGAAAUGAACCACAUUCUACGACCACUUUUGGACGAGUGCGUGGUGGUGUACCUGGACGACAUACUCAUCUACUCGCGCGACAUGAAGCAGCACGUCGAACACCUGCGACGCGUCUUCGAAAGUCUUCGACGAGAACAAUUCUACGUCAAACUGUCCAAGAGCGAAUUUGCCCUUGAGAAGGUCCAGUUCCUAGGACACAUGGUGAGCGCUCAAGGAGUUCACGUCGACCCCAAGAAAAUCGAAGCCGUACGCACGUGGAAGACACCCGAGAACGUGAAGGAGUUGCAGCAGUUCCUAGGCUUCGCUAAUUACUACAACAGGUUCGUGUCACAGUAUGCGAAAAUCGCAGCACCACUCACGAAUCUGCUGAAGAAGAACACGCCCUACAAAUGGGAGCCGAAGCACCAGGAAGCCGUGGAGCAGCUAAAGCAAGCACUUACGUCCGCACCGGUACUCAUUUUGCCAGAUCCCGAAUGCGACUAUGUCAUCGAAGCUGACGCCAGUGACCAAGCAGUGGGAGCAGUCUUGAUGCAAGAUCAAGGGAAUGGACUGCAACCAAUCGCUUACCUAAGUAAGAAACUACACGGGGCAGAACUAAACUACCCGAUACACGACAAGGAGGCCCUGGCUAUCAUCAUCGCCUUCAAAGCGUGGAGAUGCUAUCUCGAAGGACGAAGAACAACCGUCUACACUGACCACUGCAGCUUGAAAUACUUGAAGACACAACCCAACCUUUCCAGGCGGCAGGUCCGGUGGAUCGACUUCCUCGAGACACACUUCCACUACGACAUCGUGUACAAGCACGGUCACAAGAACAAAGCAGACGCUCUCAGCCGGCCUGCACACGUUGCCGCUAUUCAGGUCGAAGGGAUGAAUCCACUACUCAAGGGACUCUUCAAACACGGGUAUGCCACCGACCCUGAAAUUCCCUUGGCAGAAAAGCGACAUCUGCUACAGUGGGACAGUGACAUCGCGUACCGGAAAGGAUCAACGAAAAUCUGGGUACCCAAUUACCCUCCUUUGCGCCAGUUACUACUCGAAGAAUACCACGAGGUCCUCUACGCCGGGCACUUCGGUAGCAACAAGACGUUGACCGGUAUCGCAAAGCACUACUACUGGCCCCACUUAGCAGAAGAUGUCCAGAAAUUCGUCACCUCGUGUGACACAUGUCAGCGGAUGAAGAGUACCAAGCAGAAAAAGGCGGGACUACUGCAGCCUCUUCCUGUCCCAGAACAACCAUGGCAAGUGAUUAGCCUGGACUUCAUCAACGGGCUACCACCUACAACCAGCGGUCAUGACGCAAUCCUCGUCGUCAUUGACAAGUUCUCCAAAAUGGGACACUUCAUCCCGACACACACGACAGCACGCACCGAAGAAACCGCACAACUCUUCGUUCGAUACAUCAUCUCACAGCAUGGCAUUCCAACCACACUCAUCUCCGACCGAGACCCUAAGUUUACCAGCAAGUUCUGGAAGGAACUUAUGUCUCUCCUCGGGACCAAACUCGCCAUGUCAUCUGCUUACCAUCCGCAGACAGACGGACAGACCGAGCGCCUCAACCAAAUUGUUGAGCAACUCCUCCGAGCAGCCUGCAAGGACGAGGUCUCCAAAUGGGACUUGCACCUGCCUGUACUAGAGUUUGCUUACAACAAUGCUACACAUGCCGCUACUGGACAGACGCCGUUCUUCCUCUGCUACGGACGCCACCCACUCACACCACAGAAACCGACAGCAUCAGCUAAAGUCCAACCAGCACAUGAUUUCAUCACAACCAUGCAUCAGCUUUGGGAUCGGACCCACAAGCGCCUACUCGACAUUCAACAGCAACAGAAGCGCCAAGCCGAUAGUCAUCGCAACGAUCACACCAUCACGGUGGGAGCCCAGGUGCUUCUUGACACCCGCAACCUGGACAUCAGCCAUCUCCCAUCUAAACUUCGACCUCGCUUCUGCGGGCCUUUUCUCGUUGAAGCACAGGUCACUCCUGUUACCUUCCGCUUACGCCUGCCAGCUACCUGGAAGAUUCACAACGCCUUCCACGUCCAACUUCUGAAGCCCUAUCGGGACCCGAACACGAUUUUCGUCGGACGCCAACCGCCGCCGCCACCGCCCGUCCUCGUCCAGAAUGAACCCGUGUACGAAGUCGAGUCCGUGCUCGCACACCGCCGUCGUCGGAAUGGCACCGUGGAGCUUCUCAUCCGUUGGAAGGGUUAUGAUCCUUCUGAGGACAGCUGGGUACCUGAGUCCGACAUGGGUAACGCACGUCGUCCUCUGCAUGACUACCUUGUCAAGCAGGGUGUUACUUCUACCACCCAGCUUUGAGGGGGGGAAGUGUGAGAGUACGACCCCGUU